AUAUAUUCGGUGGUAAAAACAUUAUUGUAAACAGAUAACAAUUUAACACAAAUGAGUAUUACAAAGACAGGUCAUAUGAUCAUUUACUGUGUUGCUGUGAAUUCAGUAGAAUGGAGUAUUCUGUUAGGUAAUGUAAUUAAAAAAUAACAAAGUUUGAUUGGGUCACAGGUUAGACAUUUAUGAGAUACAAUAAUGAGAAACAUUUAUGAGAUGCAAUUUAUGAGAUACAAUUUUUCAGUAUUUAUUUAGUUGUGGGUGAGUAAGUGAUUUUUGAGAAGAGACUUAAAUUUAUAAACAGACAGUGUUUCUUUUAUAUUCACAGGUAAUGAAUUCCAGAUUUUAGGGCCUUUUAUGUGCAUUGAGUUUUUGCAUAGCGUGAGGUGGACACGAGGAACAUCAAAGAGUGAUCUGUGCCUUGUGUUAUGGUCAUGUGUUCUGUCGAGGUUGGUAAGGAGACGUUUGAGGGGAGGGUUUAUAUCAGAGUUAAGUGUUCUAUGUAUGUAGUAGGUGCAGUAAUAAGUAUGGAUGUUUUGUAUGUUGAGUACGUUUAGAAUUUUGAAUAUUGGUGGAGUGUGCUGCCUGUAGUGGGAAUUUGUUAUCAUUCUGACUGCAGCCUUUUGUUGGGUAAUUAAUGGUCUGAGAUGGUUUAUUGUUGUUGAGCCCCAUGCACAAAUUCCAUAGGUGAGAUAGGGGUAAAUAAGUGAGUGAUAUAGGGCCAGGAGGGCUGACUGUGGAACAUAGUACCAUAUCUUCGAUAGUAAAUACUGGUAGCACAAGACUAUUUUUGCAGUCUGUUCACGUUAUCCUGAAAGAGCUUGUCACAGAGAGAAGUUACUACCAUCUAUAUUAACUGCUACAGUCUGAACUGUGCAGUGUUAACUCUCAGACUGAAAAUAAAUGAUGUUCAAGGUUCCAGCUCAAUAUUUUGUUUGUCAGCCAUAAUUAUGGUGAUUUAUUUUAUUGUCUUACAAAGCUUUUUCUGCUUUUAGUAACUUCAUGCUUUAUUUCAUUCUGGACAUAUAAUGUCUUUUAAUAGAGGAAUAUAAAAUUAUUUUAUGUACAAAGUAAUUUUUCUUUUUAUAUUAUACCCGUGGUGUGAUGUCAGAAUUAUUACUAUUUCUGCUGGGUUGCAGUACAAACAGUAUGGGGCUAUCUGCUAGGUUAUGAUUAUAUGAGAACUUUUCAUGUUAACCCGUAAACGGUCCAAGCAGAUCUACGUUCACAUGUGUAGUGCUCCAAAAGUAGAUCUACAUUUUUUUACAUAUUUUCAAAUAUAACAAAAAAAAAAGUAGAUCAAAGUUUUUUUUACACAUUUUCAAAUGUAAAAAAACAAAAAGAAGAUCUACUUUUUUUACAUACUUUCAAAUGUUGAAAAAACGUGUAUAUACGUUUGGACCGUUUACAGGUUAAAAGUAAAAUAGCCUUCGAGAUACUGUACUGUAUUGCACAUCCUUUCUUUAAUCACCUUCAUGUUAUAGAACCUUUAUCAAAGUUCAUUUUAAUCUGAAGGUAAUUGUAUUCUUUUUUUAUUAUACAUGGCACUAUUCCAGGGAGAAUCAGGUUGAAGGAAUUGAGAUGAUGGUGAGACUGACUGAGCACCAUCCUGAAGUCCUCCACUCUGACUUACACAGUGUCAAUUUAGCACUACUCAAGCAAGCAAAAAAUCUCCGCUCUCAAGUUUCUCGUGCAGCCAUCCAGGCAUUUACACGUCUUUUUGAUACUUUAAAACGAAACAUGGAAUCUGACUCUGAGAAAAUUGUUGCUAUGCUCUUACACCGUACAGCAGACACUAACAAGUUUCUACAGUUGGAUAGCCAUCAUGCUUUAGAUGCUCUGGUGGAAAAUAUCUCCCCUACAAAAUCUAUUCCAGCCAUCAUUCAAGAAGGAAUCAGUCACAAGAAUGCUGUAGUGCGAACAACUGUUGCCCGACUUCUAGCAUAUGAAGUAGAGAGACUUGGACCCAGUAGAGUACUCUCAGGCCAGAAGGAUAUAACAGAUCGUAUUCUACCUGCAGCAGCCAAGCUGGCCCAAGAUGGCAGCUUAGAGACUAGGCAAUACAUAAAGCAGAUCUUCCAGCAAUUAAUCCAUCAAGGUCAGUUUGAGACUGCACUUAAGAAGUAUGUAACAGCCACUGAGAUAAAGAACAUACAAAAGUUCCUGGACAACUUGAAAAAUGAGGGUCGCACUAUUAAAGAUUCUGCCCGUUCUAAGUUUGGUACUGGGGCUCGCUACACCAGGACCAUGUGAGGAUAGUAAAAUGAACAGCCAAAUUCUACAUUCCAUAUUUCACACAAGUGCUUCUGUCCAACCCUAAGUGAAAACAGAAAGAUGAGAUAUGUAAAUAAUGAGGGCAGGUGAGAAUUACCUCCAUAAUAUAGCAACUGCAGUGAACAUCACUCCUCUACAGUACUACAGUGCAAUUUAUUAUGUGAAAAAAAUCCCAAACAUAAUUAUUAAACUGCUAAAAAAAACAGCAAAGAUUGUUAAAGGUGGUUGUAAAGAGAGAGGGAAUAUAUUUUUUCUUGCAUUUUGAAAAUAUGAAAUAGUAAAGUGAGAGAAUUAUCAGAAAAUGGCAGACAAGACUGAAGGGUAAAAUUUAGUGUUCAAGUAAUGCUAAAAUUUUAGUGAUAAAUACUGAGAAGUUGAUGCAAGAGCUUUAAGCACACAUUCCUGCUUCAAGAAUGGAGAUACAUUCUCCAAAAGCCGAGUUUUAUAUAUUAAAUUAGCUUUUAGUGCCUCAUACAUAUUAUCUCUGUAAUCAAAGAGAAUUUUAUAGCUAAAUGUACAGUAUAAAUAGAUAAUACAAGUUUAA